AGCCUGUGAUUGGUUACAGCCCGUCACGUGAGCAUUUCCCAAGCGGAGUUUCCACGACAGCUGGAAGCCGAGCGGCACAAGCGCAUCGCUUCUCGGCUAAAAAAAUUGAAAUAACAAGGCUCCUGGUCGUCUCAGCACCUCCAGAUAAACCCCGGUCUGGCAUGGGCGACAAGAGGAGUCCGACAAGGCCGAAGCGUCAACCGAAGCCCUCCUCCGACGAGGGGUUCUGGGACUGCAGCGUGUGCACGUACAAGAACACGGCAGAGGCUUUUAAGUGCAUGAUGUGUGAUGUCAGGAAGGGGACAUCAACAAGGAAGCCACGUCCCGUAUCCCAGCUAGUUUCUCAGCAGCAGGUAACGCAGCAGUUUGUGCUGCCCUCACAGCCCAAAAAGGAAAAGAAGGAGAGAGUCGAGAAGGAGAAGAGCGACAGAGAGCCGCCGCUUAAGAAGAACAGCCACAAGAAGAUGAGGCCAAGACUAAAAAACAUCGAUCGCAGCAGCGCCCAGCACUUGGAGGUGACGGUUGGGGACCUGACAGUCAUCAUAACUGACUUUAAGGAGAAGGCCAAGCCCUCAGCCACCUCGGCCACUUCCUCCAGCUCCGUGUCAUCGGCCGACCACCACAGCCAGAACGGCUCUAGCUCAGAAAACACAGAGAAGGGCCUUUCCCGCUCUUCCUCACCCAGAGGAGAGGGGAGCUCGGUCAACGGAGAGUCUCACUGAGUCAGCCUCCUUGAAACCUUUCCCUCCACCCCGCCUCCAUCAACGUCUCAUCUGCAAGUCCACAAGUCACUAGAGGAGUAUCCUGCCUCUACAUUAGAGCUGCACGAUAAUGAAUAAAACUUUUCUUUUUCUCCUGUUUGUUUUUUUUUUUCUUUAAAAUUUUUUGUUUUUAUUAGAAAUUUUUUUGCUGCAAGGACACAUCAGAUUUGGCGAGUUUGAUCAGUUAGCGGAUUUUCUACAGCAGUGGAAUUGUGCAUUUAGAAAGCAAUACGACUUUUGCUAAAUCUUGGAAGGGUUUUAGUAGUCUACUUGGUAGGUUGGAAUUAUUUUUUGUGUAGUUGUAAGUAAGCAGCACACUGUCUAAAAGCUUGCUCCUGGAAUAUUUACUCACAGACUGAUGAGGAACUUCUUCAGAACUGACAGGAGAAACAAAGUUUUGGAUAGAGUGCUGGAUCCUCAUGCUUUAGGUUUUCCUCCACGUGCACCUAACCUCCAUGAUUUGUCUUUUUUCCCUAUGAAAUGUGGAUCCCUGUCCUUGCUUUCAUCUUCAUAAUCAUCAUCAACAUCAGUGGAUGGCAGAGGGACUUUUUCUUUCCCCGUGUGGAAUAUUCUGCCUCUGCCUGAAUUCAUUACCUACCUGUUAUAAACCCGAACAUCAGUGUCCCCACACUGAACCUUUAACCUGAUCUUGAUACUCUUAAGCUUCCCCUGUUAGACUGCCUCUGCUGUAAUGAUUUUCUUUUUUAAACACAGCACAGUGGUGGCACUCCCUCUGCCACUUUUUGUUGUUUUUUUGUUGUUUUUGUUGUUUUUGCAUAGUGAUUGAAGCCCAUUGGUUACUGAAAGUCCGUUAUAUCCCCUGGCAGGAAGACACAGUAUGAAGGAAAAUCCUGUCUUUAAGUUUGUGCCACAGUCAGCAAUAGAAUAGAAUCGAAUCUGUCCCACUGACGGUUACAGCGAGGACAGUGUUGGCUCUGUUACAUCUGGCUGACAUGGUUUGGGUGCAGUUGUCUGAUUAGAAGAAAAGGUCAGGGAGAACAAGUGCAAAGAUGUCACCUUUAUCUUGUGAUGAACCAUUUCUCUGAUGGGAGCGUACUCUUCUGGCAUGAGUGCCUCCAUUGUAGAGCACUGAAUUAAUUUGUUAUGAAAAUGAUCAGAAUCAUAUUCUGUGACCUUCACAAUCACCAUGCCUGAAAUUUUCUGAACAUGUAUAUAGGAGAUUUCACCAUUUUCAAAUAACCAAGGGAGCAAAUACCUUGGAGAAUUCUGCCCAGGUGCACUGAAGCUGUUCUAGACAUGUGAUCAUAAAAAAAAGUUUAUUAUGGCUUUCUUUGUCCUUUAAUUAGUCACCCUUCACUAACUUUCAAAUGCAAUCAGCUGGUCUUUGUGUCAUUCAAUUCAGGCAGUAGCUACCACAAGCCUGAACUUGUAUUAAGUGAUCUUUUUAUAUAUAAACACACUACUAAGUAAUUUUAGCAUACAUGUACCCCAGCUGCCAAUUUUGUUCUAUGUUACCUUGCAAACCUCUACUUAGUAAUGCCAGUUCCCAGGAAGGUUGAUGGCGCAUAAAGCAGCCUUUAAAUGCCAGCUUCCUAGUACAAAAUCCAUGUUAUGUAUUAUUGCUCCCAGUGUAAGAACAGUGCAGGUCAUUUUUUUUUGGGUCAGUUCACCACAAGUCAGCAGGCAUCAUGUAUUCUGCCCAGACAGCAACCUCAUGUUCAAUUGUGAGCUAGACUUUCAUGUGGGAAAACUGACAAAACUGACUACAGAUAUUUAUCAGUUCUGCAACAUCAUAUAGCUUUUAUGUUUGUAUUUUUAUGAACUUUACAUAAAUGAUGCCUACACCAACCACCUAUUGUCACAGUGAUUGGUAGCAGCAGACCAUAUCUGGGCUAUGAGACGAAUAAAAAUUGGACUCUUGUUGCUCAAAUUUACCAAUCCAAGGAAAGGCCUUCGCUGCUUAGUAUACAUCUGCAAGAUGAAUAAACUACUGACAGAGCUAAAAUCAAUAGAAUCUGUGCUCUGAUUCAUUGAGUUGAUAUAUUUUUGCCCUCUAGCUAUUAAAAAAAUCACUUAAUGCAGCAUGUAGAAUUACGCAGGCUUCUUCCAGAUUAAAGUCGGCGUGAAUCUUUGCUGUUUUUUUUUUUUGUUUUGUUUUUCACAUCGUGGCUACAUAAAGUAAACAAAUCCUGUCCCGAGUCACUGACUUCCUUUUGGAUCACGCCGAUCACAUGAACCCACAGACCGAUGUACACUCAGCAUGCUGCCUUACAAGAUGCACAUCGUCAGUUUGAAGCUUUUAUUUGCUGUGCUUUUAUUUUCUUUAAGAUCUGUUCCAAAAUAGGUUGAUCCUGUGUGUCACUGGGACAUUGUCAGCUAAACACAGUAGAUGGUAAAGCUGUAAGUGACACCUGUGUUCGCCUUGUUAAUCUCUGCUUCAGCUUCUCCUUCACCUCCACACUUAAGCCCGACGCUCUUCCCCGCAGUCGGACACUCGCGAGUAGAUGUAUACGAGUCUCAGGAAGCGCAGUUUGCUCACUCACGUGCUGUUCAGCAUCCCAGUGGAGAACCAGAGGAUGCUGAUGUUGCUCCGCAGCUACCCUUUGGAUGCAGCGUUGUGCUUGUACAAUGGGGGAAAAUGAGUUGUGGACUUGCACUUUUACAAGCUGUAUGAGUGAUGUCUUGCAGUGUGAUGGACUUUAUUUAACUGACGUAGCAAAAAAGGAAAAAAAAGAAAAGAGGGGGGAAAAAAAGGCAGAGCUUUAGAGUAUUCAAAACUCCCAGCAGAACAACUAUAGAUCAACCUAACUACACACAAUAACUUAUAAAACAUGUAGAAUAAUUAAACAGAUGAAAUAGAUAUUUCUAAACUAUUGUACUACAAUGUUUUGAUGUGGUUGUAUUAUCCAUCAUACCAGUGUUAUUGUUGAGAUUUUUACUCACUAUUUUAGAGCGCAUUCUGAGAACUGUCAUGGCAUGAUGAUACUAAGGUCUUGGUAUAUUGUGGGAAAGGUUAUGUCUCUUAGUUUGUUAGUAUUUGUUUCAGUGUGUCGGGAGUGUCUCCUCUUAGGUUCGCUACUCUAGCUGGGACUAGGCGUGUGAGCCCGGGGAGAGCUGCUCUGAUGAACAUUUGCUCCUUGUGGCAACAAUGGAACACUUUAAAUGUGUUAGUGUCACUUAUUGAUAUAGUUUUUUGAUUUUUUUUUUUUUGUUGCCAUGCUCAUUUGUUUUAAAAUGUGUGAACUUGUUUAUUACAUGUCUGAAUAAGAAAAUUACAAAAUUCAAACACACAAAGCUGCUUUCUUGUGCACACAGCUCUCAUUUGUCACUUUGUUGCAUGCAGGCAAAGGCAUGUUGGGGCUUGCCUUAGCACUCAAUAUUGUAGUCCUGCACUUUUAAUUUGAAAAUUCAAAUCAAGACUUAAAUAUUAAACAACCAGCAGCUCUGAUGUUGUUAUAUACAUCAGAUAAGUGACCUUUUAUGUCCCUUAAUGAAAAUGCAAUUGAAAUUCAGGGUUGUCAGUUGCAACCACAUCACUAAGGAUGAUUUGUCACUUAAAGCCACACUGAAUCAAAGACACUGAAUGAGUCUUUUCAGAGGUGAGACCCGUGGAAAGUUGCUGCAGACAGGGGCUGGAGGGGGGAGGGAUGGGGGAGAACUCUGCUAUUCGCUCCCACCCUUCCCCCAACCUCCUGCUUUUGUUGAGCAAGCUGCAACACUAAACACACAAAACAUAGAUAAGAUAAGGAAGUUUGUUGCUGCCGCCUUCAAAAUAAAAGUGUAAAGACAGCCACGACCUGUUUCGGAGCAUCAAAGCACAGAAAGUGAAACAGCAUAAGAAGAAAAGUAUAACUUGUAGACUUGUACAUUUGUCCAGUUUUUAGUGUCGAAAUCGGCUGUGAUGCACACUCAAAACAUAGUGUAAGUUUUUCAACUUAAAUUGUUUCCCAAGAGGUCUUAUUAGGCAUGCUUUCAAGUUAGUUAUUUAAACAUGAAUAAAUAAAAAUAUUGAUUGCCUUUUUAGUUAAGCAAGAUUCUGACAAUAAGCUACUGUGUCCAAGAUGAAGAAUGUCAUUUUGUUGGACAUAAAGAGAAACUGUGCUCUGAAUUGUUCUUUGUGUUCGUCAAGAUGGCUCUGAAGUUACCUAUUUCCCCAUUUUUCUAAGUGUACUUUAAAAAAAAAUUACGCAGGUUAGAUCAGAUAAAUCCUUAUACAUACACAGUAUCCAGUAAA